GAGCAGGGCGCACACCGUGGCGCGCUUUGGGCGGCUCCGCGCGCUGUCGCCCCUGCGACCGGCACUGUCCCCCAGCUCGGCUUCCAGAGUCGCUGCAUAGACUCUCGCCUCUGGCCACCGGCUCCUACUGCUGCCGCCCAGAGGACAGACGAGCCUCUGCCCGUGAUUUCCCCGCGGCGCGGCGCUGCGGAAAGCGGAGCGGGUGGGCGCGAGCUGCAGGACGCGAUGGAGUUCUCCCCUCGCCUCGGAGUUGCCUGAGUUAGUAGAACCUCGCGGGGUUCCCUGCUCCCUGCUCCCUGUUUCCUUCGGGCUCCCGGCUCAUCAUUCACUCGGUUGCUGCCCACCGCUGUGCCAGGGAGCCCAGGCUCCAGACCUCUUGUCCCGGGUACAUUUGGGGGCAAAGGAGGGCUAAACCCAGCCAAGGCGCACUGUCUUCUCUCCGCGGACCCAUCUUUUUCUCCAUGGCGUCUCGUCAACAAACCCGAAUCCAGGCUUACCUGGAGAAAAACAAGAUCGGUCCUCUGUUUGAGGAAUUAAUGACCAAGCUAAUAACUGAGACACCUGACCAGCCAAUCCCAUUUCUCAUUGACCAUCUUCAGUCUAAACAAGGGAGCCGAGGGCAACUGCAAAGAACUUUGUCUGGGUCAGCAGCUCUCUGGGCAGAAAGUGAAACAUCAGAACCAAAAGGAACAAGAAGGGAUUUCAGAAGCUAUGAUAAACCUUGGCAGUUGAAUGCAAAGAAGCCUAAAAAAUCAAAAAGCGACCUUGCUGUAUCUAAUAUUUCUCCUCCAUCACCAGACUCAAAAUCAUUGCCAAGGUCAGUAGAACAUCCUAAGUGGGACUGGCGGACUAAACCACAAAGCCGUGAUUUUGAUGAAUUGAACCACAUCCUUCAAGAGAGCAAGAAGCUGGGGAAAGCCCUUGAGAAUCUCUCUCGAAGUAUUGCGAUUUCAGAUGAACUUGAUAAGGAGACAGUGGCUUUCAAUUCUUCUCUUCUGAGACCCCGUGUGAUUGGGGAGUGGAUUGGCAGAGCAGAAAAUGAUGCUGAUCCCCUGGCAGCUGAAAUGCUGCAGCCCCCGGUUCCACGGAGUAAGAAGGACCCAUGGGAAAGCGAAGAGAGCGGCUCCAGCCCGGCAGGAAGCUUAAAGAUGGAGCCCAAGACUAAAGGAUUAAAACAGCAGCAGCAGCAGCAUAAGAAACUUCUGGCUGCGAUGCUUUCCCAGGAUUCCUUCGAGUCCAUCCACAGCCCCACACCAUCUGUAAUAGAAGAAGACAUUGACAAUGAAGACGAUGCAAUGGAGUUGCUGGAAGAUCUGGAUGAUUUGAGAAUGGAGGGCGUAACCACCCUGGUACUUUCGGGGAGCAAAUUUAACCAAGGUCGUCCUACUCACCCUGCCGAGCCACAGGCCAAAGUCACACUGAACAUCUGCUCAAGGUGUGCCAGGCUUCAAGGAGACAAUCUGAUGGAAAGGACAGAAGAUACACUACAGCCAUUUCAUUCUCCAGAGGAGAUAAUCCCAGAUUCAUUGGAUUCUUUACCUGGAACUGAAGAAACUCUCAUGGAGGAAGGUGAAGAUUUUGAGAAAACAUCAAAAUCAACAGAACUUGGAGAAGACUCCAGUGGAGGACACUCUUUGAAAUCCUACAUGGAGGAAGAUGAGUCUCUAAAGCAACUGCAGGUUGUGCAUCAACCAUGGCUCUUGCCGAGUGACACAGAAAGUGAAGGAGUUGAAGCAGAGCAGGAUAAACCACCUUCCAAGAUAUGGAAUGCAGCCAGCAGGGAAGAAGCUUUUCUGGUCAGUUGCAGCUUCAUAUCUGCACAUCCUGUGACCAACACAUAUGGUGUCUUCAAUCAUCAAGCAUUUGUGGGCAACACAAAGCAGUGGCAAUAGAAUGUAUUGUUUUGGGAAUCUCCAGGAAACCCCUGGCCAAUAACUCCAGGGAUUGGACUCUGUGCUUUAUAACAUGCUGUCAGCUGACAACAAAAUACUUUGGCAAGUAUACUCAACAUUAGACUCUGAUGGUCUUAAAUCUAAGAGAAGUUGGUAACUGCUUUGCAAAUGCUGAAGAUAAAAAUGACAUUUUAAGAGUCCAAGUUUUAAUCUUUUGGUUGAUUAUAUAUGUUGCCCAGAGGUAGAAUUUUUAAGAAUUAUGGGGGUUGAAUUUUGUAAUUUUGCCAGGAACACGUUCCUGCAUAUAAAUCGGAAGCAUUGAGUUGAUAGGAAUUUGAGAGGUAUUUUAGGAGAGAAUAAAAUGAAGGUAUGUGGUGUCUGUUUUCUUCAGGGCAUGCUACUUCAUCUAGUGAACACUUUAAAAACGUGUUUUAUAGCCUAUCUUGCUCAUCUUCUUGAAAGAUAAAAUCUAGAUGAUUCCUUAAACUCAUGAAUUCACAGAGGGCAAUAUGUCUUCCUGGGUGUUGCCCAGACAGAUGUCAUAAAUGAAAGAGAAAGAGGGAGCAGCGACAGGCAAUGGAAAUGGAAUUUCAGCAUUUUGCAUAUGUGUUUUUUCAAUUGAGAUGAAUUGGGUUAUAGAGUAGGAAGAAAGAAAAUAAAUUUGUGAAUUGGCAUAAUAGAAUGUUUUAUAUGCACAUUACCCACGCAAUGUAGGUCAACAGGGUCUUCUCCUCAUCUUGGUUAACCUAUGACCCAGGAAGACAAAGCCUCAUCCUGAUAACUCUUCUCCAAUAGUAGGAAGCAUGGCGGCAGCAAAUCUUUAUCUAGUUCUUAAAAGUUUUUCAUGCAGGAUACAGCUCAAUCUUGUGCUUGACUACAACAUAUGGGGCCCAAGAUUUGAUUUCUGCAUCACACACACACACACACACACACACACACACACACACACACACACACACACACACACAGGAUGUGGGAAGACAGGAGUGGAAAGGAGAAAGGAAGCAUGCAAGCAAGGAAAGAAGGAAGGAAGGAAGGAAGGAAGGAAGGAAGGAAGGAAGGAAGGAAGGAAGGAAGGAAGGAAGGAAGGAAGGCAGGAAGGAAAAAAAAUUCAUAUGGAUGCUGGUUGGCUACUGUGCUGGCUAGUUUUCUGUCAACUUGACACAAGCUAAAGUCAUCCGAAAACAGGGAACCCCAAUAGAGAAAAUGCCUCCAUAAGAUCCGGCUGUAAGACAUUUUCUUAAUUAGUGAUUGAUUAGAGAGGGCUCAUCCAAUUGUGAGUGGGUCACCCCUGUUCCUGGAUUCUGUAUGAAAGCAGGCUGAGCAAGCCAUAAAGUAAGUCACUACACAGCACCCCUCCAUGGCCUCUGCAUCAGCUCCUGCAUCCAGGUUCCUGCCCUGACUUCCUUCAGUGAUGGACUGCUACCUGAAAAUGUAUGAGGAAUAAACCCUUUCUUCCCCAAGUUGCUUUUGGUCAUGGUGUUUCAUCACAUCGAUAGAAACCCUUGCUGAGACAGCCAUACUUAACUCUGAAGAAUCUGAGGGUGAAUGAUUCUAUUUUGUGCUCAAAUGCCAGAAACAAGUGAUUAAAAGAAUCACUGGUAACUCUGACAGAGUUGCACUCAUAGUCCAGGCAGGAUCUGGAAAGCUAAUUCAUCAUACGUCAGUCAAGUUUUACUCUAGUGAUCUGAGCUUCAAGUGAGGUGGCGGGGUGCUUGCUGUUUCUCUCUCAUCAUGCAAUCAGCAACUGUGGUAAUUUUCUUUUUAAAAAAUUGUUUUAUUAUAUAUACAGGGUUCUGCCUGCGUAUAUUCCUGAAUACCAGAAGAGGGCACCAGAUUUCAUUUUUAUAGAUGGCUGUGAGCCACCAUGUGGUUACUGGGAAUUGAACCCAGGACCUCUGCCAGUGCUCUUAACCUCUGAGCCAUCUCUGCAGCCCAACUGUGGUGAUUUUCAGUAGGGAAAGGAAGUGUUUCUCAAAUAAAAUGAUCUUUUCCUAAUAUUUUCAAAAACUUCCAUAAAACAGGUACAAGGCAUAAAUAUGAGUAGGCACAAGAAAAUCAUCGAACUCUUCAUUUUCCACAGGUAACCCUCUGAAAUGCAGAUCACUCUGUUUGUGGUGGGGCAAGCUGUGGCCAGGUCGUGAUCCUUAAAACAAACUAAGAUUUAUGUAAUAUACUGGAUGAGUUUAAUAACUGUUACACCUUUAGGUAACAUAUAGGAACCAUGGCUCCACAGCCGCACACCCAGCAAACCUCUUCUGCUUCAUGAAAACAUGGUCACAGAUGACAUGUGAUAACGGAAUGGGUAUUUUAUCAACACCUAAGCAUUCAAUAAUUUUCUCUGCCUUCUUGGUAGUAUGAAUGUGAUUUUGUGCAAAAAUCUAUGCAUAAAGGGUAGCCUACACUACAUGGGAUGGAUGCAAAGAACACAGUAGGGAACUGGUAAGAUAUCUCAGCAGCGAAGAGUUUGCCACAGACGUCUGUGAACCGAUUUCACUCAAAUCAAGGAAUCCACAUAAAGGUGAAAGAACAGGACUAAUUCCCCAAAUUGGGCCUCUGACUGCCAAGAACACCAGUGUGUGUGUGUGUGUGUGUGUGUGUGUGUGUGUGUGUGUGUGUGUGUGUGGUGUGCACGCGAACACAGAAACACACCACUGUACACACACAGAAAGACACAAAUAACAAUUAUAAUAAAUGUGUUUAAACCACAAUAUGUCUUUCAACAAAAAUGUGAGCUUGAAUGGAAAAUUAGCUUAUUUUCUGAAAUAUUUUCUUGACUGAAGCAAAAUAUAGCACUUGAAUUUGAAUUAUUAUCUCUGAAAGAAAAGAUAAAUAGAUACUCUAGAGUGAGUCUGUUAACAUAAUUAUCAAAGUUAAAUUAUGUCUGUUAACAUAAUUUUAAAGUAUGCUUUCUCUUUCUAAUGGCUAGUAUAUUAGUCAGGGUUCUCUAAAGGAAUGGAACUGAUAGAAUGAACAUUAUAUAAAUAUAUGUAUUUAUGUGUGUACAAACAUAUAUAUGUAUGUGUGUAUAUGUGAAUAUAAUUUAAGUCCCUUAUGUUGAAAUAAGAACAACAGUUAGUCUGAGAGUCUGAGAGUCUCACAUGUUAGCUGGGUUUCUCAGCAGUCCCAAUUUGAUACCAAAGCCUGGGAAGGUUCUUGGAGAGUUGCUGGUCCUUAGUCCAUGAUGGAAGCCUUGAAAUGCUGGUUCUAAUAUCAGAAGGAAGCGAAAGAGGCAGCGGCAGCAGCAGUAGGGUGGAUCACCUCACUGAUAAUAGAGGAGGCCAACAGGGCAAAAGGUGAAUAAUCUUCCUCUGCUGUGCCCUGUUCAUCUGGACUGCUUCCAGAAAGUGCCACCCUCAUUUGGAGAAGGUCUUCCUACAUCAAUAAAGGCAAUUCCUCAGUUGACUCUUCCUCUUCAGGAAAUUCUAAUUUGUGGCAAGUUGACUUAGAAACCAAGUCACAGCCAUCACUGGAAGGAAAUUCAGUGUCAAAGUUCUUGCACUUUCUUACGGUCCCAUCAGGUCGAAAUAUCAGAGCACACCCCUACUUUCUGUGGUUAAUUUUGUGCAGAAAUAGGAGAGAAGAUAAUAGACCCAAUAUUUUAAGAACCUAAAAUCCUGUCAAGAAGUUUAGUGAGAGUUGUGAGAUGGCAGGGUAAGUGGUGAGUCAAUGUUUGGUUUGUUUUGUUUUUUAACACAAAGCCCUGUAUCCUGACAAGGAAACUCAACAGAACACACACUUUCUUUUGAUUUGGAGUCAGAGGAGGCCUGGGUCUAUGAUUUAAAAUUUCCUAGUUCAUAUUUCACUUUAUAGAAGUUGGCAAAGCUAUUUGCAUGUGUACAUGGGAUUAAUGGAGGGAAGUCUUAAUUGAAAAUUCUAGGAUACUGAACAUAAUAAAAACUACGAAUCCCUCACAGCUCUUUGAAAAGUUACAUAGGUUCUGAAACCAAAGUCUCCUUAGUCCUAAUCUCUUUGUGUUUGUGUAAACACAGAGGCACACUCAUACACGCAUGUACACACAUGUGCACACACACACACACACCCAUCCCAGGGUACUGAAUAUCUUAAAGGGGAAGAGGACACAUCCUAAGGGUGCAGGUUAUCAGCAGGAGAUUCUGAUUGGUGCUAAAAAUGAUGAAGAAGUGGCAGCACAGGAAACUUCUCCUGGAGGAUGCCAACAUUUUUGACAUUUUAGUGGAGACAAUGUAAAGCACAGGUGGUGUGCUUUUCCAUCCUUUUCCCCACAUUCUAUACACACAGAAGCAGUUAGCCACUGAAGUCACUACUUGAGCAUCACAGCACAAAUGUUCUCUGAUUUUCCUGGUCAUUUUAUUGAUGGGGACUUUUGUUCUUUAUGAUUUAAUGAUACCAUAAAUUAAAUUGAAAAACUGCAACUUUUAAAUGACCUUAACUUAUCACGACAAUAGGAACAAAAUGGAGAUGAGAUACUCUCUUUAAAAAAUCUUGUUCGGAAUCUGUGGGAUUGCUGUACAGUGUGAACAAAAAUUCCCAAGGAGAUGCUGGCUGCACUUGCAAGUGAACCACCUACAAGGCUGACUAACUCAUCAGAGCUUCAGAUGUUGCAGGUCCAGGCCUAACUACACAUCAUCUCAGACUAUCUUUAGUCCCCUUAAUGCCAUUUGCCCCCUUCCUCUAUACCUGCCUGAACAGCUUUGUGACCAUUAGGUAAACCAUUUGGAAUGCCCAAGAGAUCACCAGAUUUACAACUAACUAAAAGGCUAAAACUAUUGUCAGAUAUCACUUGAGGCCUAUAACAUGUUUCCCCAUUUGCUUUAAUCCACCUAUUUAAUGUAUUUGAAAAGUGCCUUGAUUUGUGACUGCCUUUGUUGUGUUAUUAUAAAAAUUUUCCAAUUGUUUCCAUGUUGGAACGUGAAAUUUGAAGUACCAAAAUCUGUGUUCCUGGGACAUGAUUAUUUAUAUUUGGCUUUAGAAUAAAUAAUCUCUUAUCCUCCCUCCCCAACAAAGAAUCUGUUAGAUGGUAUAUACCCAAAGGAGUUGACAUUCUGUGGGGAAUAUUAUUUUAAGGUAUGUUACUUUUUUUUAAUGUUGCAUUUGUUUAACUCUGUGAAGCCGUGUUAUUGUGGAUGUCUAAAACACCUGAUGAUCUAAUAAAGAGCUGAAUAGCUAGUGGUGAGGCAGGAGAAAGGAUAGGCAGGGCUGGCAGGCAAAGAGAAAAAAUAGAAGGAGAAAUCUGGGAGGAGAAGAAGGAGCCAGAGAAGGAGGAGGACAUCAGGGACCAGCCACCCAGCCACCCAGCCACCCAGCCACACAGCAAGCCAGGGAGCAAGAGUGAGAUUACAGAAGUAAGAGAACGGGAAAAGUCCAGAUGCAAAGGGUAGAUGGGAUAAUUCUUCUUUUCAGAACUGUCUCUAUGGAAUAUUACAGAGGUAUAGCAUGAUUCUAGCAUCGUGCCUCAGGACUUCUAUGAUCCCAAGCAUAUUUCCUGCUUCACCUUUGAACAUCAAUCCAAGAGAGGUGUUUGGUAGUUUGAAUGUAAUUAGACCCCAUAAUCUCAUAGGGAGUGGCACCAUUAAGAGGUGUGGCUUUGUUGGAAUGGGUAUUGUUACAGUGGCCUUGUUAGAGGAAGUGUGUCUGAGCUACCUUUAAAAGCAGACCAUGCUCUCUUCUAUCACUUCUCUUCCAGGCGGGACUGUGCGCCUCCCUUUUCCUUCACUCUCUUAAAGUGGGUUUUCUUAUAUUUUGUGGUCCAUUCUCACUGCCUACUAAGUACAACACUGCAGACCAUAAGAGGACAUCAGAUCCCAUGGGGCUACAACUAUAGAUGCUUGUGAGCCGCCACGUGGUUGCUGGGAAUUGAACUCAGAACCUCUGGAAGAGCAGCCAGUGCUCUUAACUGCUGAGCCAUGUCUCUAGCAGCCUGCCAUCCCACCAUUUAGAAAGCUGAAGCAACAGAAUUAUCAUAGGUUUGAGGCAGUCUGUGCUAAAUAGUGAGUUCUAGCCCAGCCUGGGCUAUAGAGUGAAACUUCAUCUCAAGAAAAAGAGGGUGUGUGUGUGUGUGUGUGUGUGUGUGUGUGUGUGUGUGUGUGUGUCUUGGAGAGAUAUGUCCAUGGUUAAGAGCACUUGCUGCUCCUCCAGAAAACCAGAGUUUGGUUCCUUGUACCCGUGUUGAGUGGCUCACAAUCACUAACUCCAGCUCCAGGAGAUCUGAUGUCCUCUUCUGGUCCCUGAAACUACUACUACUACUACUACUACUACUACUACUACUACUACUACUACUACUACUACUACUCCACACACACACACACACACACACACACACACACACACACACACACACCCCACAGGAUGAUGAUGAUGAUGAUGAUAUAAAUAAGUUUCUAGACACAUUGUUCAAAACUCUCAAAGAAAUGGUAAUAGCAAACAAGAGGAAUCUAAUCAAGAGAAUAGUUACUGUUGUUAACAAGUUUUCACAUUGCUUACCAUUACUCUGCUGUACAGCACUUGGUGGCUUUUGUUCUCAGCUUCAUUUUCAACAACCCUUGUAUAGCAGUCAACUUUGAACAGAUUGGUUUACAAGUCAAUCAGGUAACAGCUUCAGGGCAGAAGUCUGACAACUGACUUGCGCCUGUUAAGAAAUAUUAGGGCUACCUCACCCGGUCUACUCUGUGAUGCGGCUCACUGCACACACAGACACCAGUCAGCUUUGUACUUUUUGCAUUGCCACGUGCAGACUGGGUCUCAAGGAAACAGCACACAUGCAGACCACUAGAUGUUUCAGUCGCUGUGAGUAAUAGGACACCCUCUGUACUGGUCUGGACAAUCUCAUGUUGUUUUUUGUUUUCCAGCAUCUGAGAAAUUCUGGAAAGUUUCUUGUUUGCUUACAAGCACAACAAAAGGAUUUCAGAUUCUCUCUCCCCACCCUUCUUGCCCUCACUCUCUUUUGCUCUUACACACACACACACACACACACACACACACACACACACACACGCACACACACACACACACACACAUGAUAAGCCACCAUGUUGGAAGCAGACACAGAUACUAAUAUAUAUUUUGUAUUUCAAAAUAGAUGACUGCAUACAUAUAAAAGUUCAUUCAUAAUACAUUAAUUAAAGGACAAAAUAAUUUUGAAAUAAAACAUGACACACAUAUUGAAACAAGUAUGUUAGUCCCAUUGUUCCAAAGUACAAUCAAAAUGCUACUGUACUUCUAGGAAAUUAAUAAUUAUAGACUAUUCCAUAAUUCAUAAAUUUGGAGAACAAUUAGAACUGUCUUUCUAUUGUUUGAAAGUAUAUAUACAUAUAAGAUACUUAUAUCUUGUGUAAUUGUUCAUUUUGUCAACUUGACACACAUUAGAGUCAUGUGGGAAGAAGGAAACUCAACUUUAAAAUUGCCCAGAUCAGAUUGGCCUGUGGUCCUGUCUGUGAGGCAUUUUCUUAAUUAGUAGUUGAUGUGGGAAGGCUCAUCCCACUCUGGAUGAUGCCAUCGCCAGGCAGUUGGGCUUGGGCUGUAGAGGAAAAAUAGCUGAGCAAGCCACUGGAAGCAAGUCAGUAGUUGUGUUAUUCAUGCUCCUCACCUCCAGGUUCCGGCCUUGAAUUCUGCCUUGGCUUCCCCUGAUAAUGGACAGUAAUCUAUAAAGCAAAGAAGCCUUUUCCUCUCCAAAUUGAUUUUGUUUGUCUACAACCAAAGGCCCAAGCUAGGACAUUUUGUUAGCUUGAAAGUAGGGUUCUUUUUUAAAAGCCCAGAACAUUUAGAUUGUUUUAUUUCAUGAUAUUUGAGGUUGUGUAGUUAACUUUAAUUGCCAGUUUUACUGAUGUUAGAAUCAUCUAGAAGACACAACUCUGGGCAUGUCCAUAGGGGAUUUGUAAAAAGACUUAAUUGACAAGGGAAGACAGAUCCUGAUAUAAGGGGACAUGAUCCUGCAGGCUAAGGUCAUGUGUUAAUGAAAAGGGAAGAGGAAAGAAUAAGCUGAAUGCUGGCAUUCAUCUCUUCGCUGACUGUGGAUCCAUUGUGACCAGUUACCUCAUUCCUUUUCCACCGUCAUGGAUUGUGUCAUCAAACUGUGCGCCAAAAUAAACCUUCCCUUAAUUUGCAUUUAUCAGGUACUUUAUCACAGCAAUAAGAAAAGUAAUGAAUAUAAUAUCCAUAUGCACAGCACUAUAAAUUGCAUAUACUUGAUUAGUUGAUCAUUUAACCCCAAGAGAAAACUAUCUGGGAAAUUCCCUGUAAUGUGUUUUAGUCUGUCUUAGAAAUAAAAAUUAAGCUUAUCUUACGUUGGAUCUGAGAGAUGUAGUGUAUCAUGUUGAGUUAACUACAAAGGAAGCCCAUGUAGAAGCCUCAACCAGAGAGCAAACAAACAAUCCCCCUUAAGAAAACCUAAGUAUCGUAGAGCCAAAUCAACAGUGAAAACAAAUAUGUUUAAAAUCCUGAAUUGGGGGCUGAAGAGAUGGGUCCCCAGAAAGAGCACUUGCUGCUUUUCCAGAGGACCCACGUUCUCAUCCCAGCACCCAUAAGUCCAGCUGCAGGAGGACUAACACCUUCUUCUGGCCUGGACACCCACACACAUGUAGUAUGCACAGAUUCAGACACAUACACCUUGGUAAAAUUAAAGAUCAAUCUUUGUCUAACACCUGAGUCAUUCUCUUUGUUUAUAAAACUGUAUCCCAAAGCUUACUGUAAAAUUCUUAAAUUUCAAUCGUCCUGAAAACAGUUCUUUCCUAUUGAUGUUCAGCCUAUCAGUGUUGCAAAGGUCAGUGCUCCCAAGCUUGAAAGGGGAAGUAAAUCAAAAGAGGAGGGAACAGAAACGUGUGGGGUAAGGUAGUCACAACAGAGGUGUCAAGAUCAGAGUUUCCCAUGAGGCCUGCCUAUUCUAGCCAAGUCCUCUCUGAAUAUCCAGAGGAGUCAACUCAGCAGAGAGUGCCAUCAGGAUGUCACUUCAGAAAUCCUGCUCCAUCUCCUGGCAAACACAUGGAAAGUCUUAAUUGUAAAAUCCUUCCUUUCUAUCUCUGCCUUUCUUGGUUUUGGUUUGUUUGCUUACUUUCUGGCUUUCCUUCCAUUUCCCCAUUUUGCAAACACACUAUUUACUUUUAUUUGACCUGAAUUUUGUGAACAUUCAAUGAUUUUUCUUCUCUUGGUUCUCUCUGCUCCUGAUUUUAAAUCUCUUGCUUGUACAGAAUUCUAUUGCUUUUACAAUAAAAACCUCUGGUUUUGCCUUCAUCCUUAA